AUGUCUUUGCGUCCGAAGAUCCUCAAGUUGAUCGACAAGUACAGUCAAAAGAAGGCCGAGCUGGUGGUUAUGAACGAACGCUACGUUAAAGCCAGGAACACAUUUGAACGCAUGAUGGAAGAGAGCGUAGCCAAGCACAACCCUUCGGCUGCGGUUUACGAAUAUGGCCCGCAGCCCCAGCCCGAAGGAUACGGCCGCCCGCCAGCGGACAACCGCGGUGUUUCGACCUACGGUUGGAACCAAAGCAUUUACGGCCAAGUUCCCGACCCAGCUGCCUAUGCCGCAUAUCAGGCCCAAGCACAGGCUCAGGCUCAAGUCCCGCAACCCCAGCCCCAGGCUCAACCCAGGCUCAGCCGCAGCAAGCUCCCGUGCAGAACGUCCCACAAGAGUACCCACCACAGCCCUAUGGCCCGCCACAGCCGCAGCCGCAGCCUCAGCCAACUCCAUACCCUCAAGAGCAGCAAUACUCAGCAGCAGCAAUGGUACCAGGGCCAACAAGGUCAACAACCAUAUGGCCCUCAGCAACCCCCUGUGUCUCCCGGGCAGCAGCCGCAACCACAGCCUCAUCCCCAAUCUCAUCCUCAGCAGCAACAGGGGUAUCAACAAGGCCAGCCCGGGUAUCCGUAUGGGGGCGAACAGCAUACUCAACAGGCUCAGCCACAACCGCAGCCGCAACCACAACCACAGAGCUAUCCAUACGGUGGCGAGUCACAGCAGCCACAACCACAACCGCAGAACUACCCAUAUGGCAGCGAGCCACAGCCUCAACCUCAACCUCAAGCGGGCCAGCCAGGGUACCCACACGCGCCUGAACAACAACAACAGCAACCUGGACCUGAAGGCCAACCGGGACAGCACCCGGCAUAUCAGCAGGGGUACCAGGCGCAGCCUCAGCAGCAGCAGCCUCAAACUCAACAACCUCAACAGCAGCAGCCUCAGUCCCAGCAGCCUCAGUCCCAGCAGCCUCAACCUCAACCUCAGCCCCAGCAGCAACAGGCGUACCAACCCCAGCCUACAGAGGCGGUCGCGGCCGAGCAUGCACAGUCGCCCCAGGCACAGCACGUUCAACCAGACCCCACUCAAGCGGUUCACGAGACUCCAGCUCAGGCCCAACCCCAACCCCAACCCCAGCAGCAACAGCCUCAAGCCGGUCCACCAUACCCCUGGAACGGAACUGCAGUAUACCCGCAUCCUGGGGCGUGUCAAUGGGCCGAGUAUUAUCUUGGGGGAGGAGAGGAUCCUUCCGGCCUGGUGUACUUCACCGGUCCAGAUGGGAAUGUUUUGAAGAGCGUUCCGCCCCGAGGUGGUAUGGACGCGUUACAGCAAGGAAUGGCGGGCGUUAGUUUGACAUGA